UUUAUUUUUUACUUUUCCGUUUUUGAAGUCGGUUGUUUUUAAUGUAGUUAUUUUUUUUAUUAUAUCGUCAUCGUUGUGAUCCCGUAAAUACCUUGUAAGGAUGACGUUGCUAAAAGUUAAACAAAUUGCAUAUAAAUAGUUAACUGGCGAUAAUGUAACUUAAUUAAAUAGUGUAACUGUACGAGAGAGCACAUAAAAUCCUAUUACAAUGAUUCUGAAUCUACUGGGAAUAACAUUGUUGUGUGUUGUAACAUGGCUGUACUACCGUUGGACACGUGUGCGGCAGUACUGGGCGAAGCGCGGGGUGCCGCACCUGCCGCCCAAUCCCAUCAUGGGAAGCCUCACCUUCCUGCAGCGACAAAACCCUGGAGUUUGGAUGGUCAACAUUUACAAGCAAUUCAGGAGCCCGUAUGUGGGAGCAUGGAUGUUCUGGCGGCCAGCUCUCAUCAUCAAUUCACCAGAAUUAGCAAGAAACAUACUUGUUAAGGAUUCUUCAUUUUUCCGUGAUAGAUUUCUUAGUUCAGGCUCCUCGGAUCCCAUUGGUUCACUGAAUUUGUUUACAGUAAAUGAUCCUUUAUGGUCAUCAAUACGAAGACGUCUUACAAGUGUAUUUACAGCUUCCAAACUAAGAGCUUUGCAGAGCCUGGUUGAUUUAAAGUCAAGCCAAUUGGUGCAAAGAAUAAAAAAUGCACAGGACACCAGUAAAUUAAAUAUCAGGAUGGUGUACAUGGAUUAUACAACAGAUAUCAUCGGCACAGCAGCUUUCGGAGUGGAGACCAAUGCCACCCUCACUGGUGUGGACCCGAUGCGUACUGUCACGCAGGCUUUCACGUCUUUCGAUCUGUAUAGAGGCCUCUGUUGGAGCAGCAUUUUCUUUUUCCCGGAACUUGUGGAUAAGUUUCGAUUUACGUUCUUCCCAAAAUGGUCUACUGACUAUUUUACAAAAGUCUUCAAAAUAGCCUCAAAACACAGAAAGAAUGAACGACCGCGAGGGGAUUUGCUCGAUGCUCUGCUUAAGCUGAUGGACGAGGGAGCAAAAAGUAACGAAGGAAUAACUGAAGAAGUAGUUAUAGCUCAGGCUGCAAUAUUCCUAUUUGGAGGUUUUGAAUCAACCUCAACAAUGAUGACCAUGAGUUCUUACGAAUUAGCGUUCCAUCCUGACGAACAGGAAAAGUUGUACGAAGAACUAAUAGCAUUCCAAUACGAAAGUGAAAAUGGUCAUUUGGAAAUAUCAAAGCUUGCUGAUUGUCGAUAUCUCAAUGCUGUUAUUAAAGAAACUCUUCGUAAAUAUUCUCCAAUGGGCUGGCUGGAUAGAAUCGCUGACAGGGAUUAUAAAAUAGAUGAGAACUUAACAAUAUCCGCGGGAACACCCGUGUACGUUAACAACAUUGGCAUGCAAUAUGACGACGAGUUGUUCUAUGAAGCAGAGAAGUUUAUUCCAGAAAGAUUUCUACCCGAAAAUGCGGGUAAUAUCAAACCAUUCACAUUCUUGCCUUUUGGCGAAGGACCCCGAAGUUGCAUUGGCAAACGAUUUGGACAAAUAUCUAUGAGACACGCAUUAGCAAAUUUAAUAUUAAAUUACAAACUGGAAGCAUUACCUGGAGCCAAAAAGCCGAAUGAAAUUAAAAUUGAAAAACGCGGUCUCCUCCUUGUCCCAGGAGAGGAACUUUAUAUAAAAUUUAUUCCCCGAAAUUAG